AUGUGGCUGCGGGUCCGAGCUGGGGCGGCCUUGGGGCUGUGGGUGCUGGUGGCGGCUGGCGCGGCUGCGGGACCCUCGCCAGGGCCGCCCGGGCGCUGCCCCCUGGCCCACUACCGCGCGCUGGAGCCCCGGGCGCUGGCGGCCGUCAAGGCGCUGCGGGACCGCUACGACGAAGAGACGCUGAGCUGGAGGCCCCGCAACUGCUCGUUCCGCCCCCGCAGGGCGCAUCCCCCGCCCUGGUCGUGCGCGCGGCUGCGCCUGGUGGCCCGGGGCAUCGCGGAGGCCCAGGCGGUGCUGAGCGGCCUGUGGAGCCCAGAGCUGGUCCCGGACUGUGGCAGGACCCUGGAGCUGCUGGCGGCGGUGGAGCGGGACCUGGGGGCCUGCUUGCAGAUGCUGCACCCAGGCCCCUCCAGGAAGAAACCUAGGCCCAGGAAGAAGCACCGUAAAGCCCAGAGACAGGAGUCCCCCAGGUGCCACCAGGCCAAGGUGGUCUUCGGCCUCCUUCGCCUGCUCACCUGGGACCUGAAGCUGGUGGCGCAGGACGGGCCUUGUCUCUGA